AUGACCUUCAGCAUUGUCCUAAUACAACUGUGUACGUUACUUUGCUACCUAGGUUACACGCAAUGGACAAGCCGCAAAUGAUAGCACAUAUAACUAAGUCUGUCGACUUCACGCUUUUCGAUUGUAAAUGGAUUCCAGUUAGUGCCAAGUUUGUAGUUGUUGGUUCAAAGCCUAGAGGAACUGGCGCUAUUCAAAUAUACGAUGUCUCUGCGAAAGAUAUUCAACUGGUAUCCGAAAGUGAAAAAAGUAGCUCUUUCAAAUGUUGUACAUUUGGUGCAUCCAUGCUCCCCCAAAGACAUUUAGCCACUGGAGCGUUUAACGGAAGACUAGCAAUAUGGGAUAUUAGUAUUGAUGGACGCCUUGAUAAUCCAAUUUACGGCGUUCAAGCGCAUAAAGAGAUAAUAAAUGCGAUAGACGGUGUUGGAGGACUUGGAGUUGGUGAAGGGGCUCCAGAAAUUGCCACAGGUAGUAGAGAUGGUGUAGUCAAGGUGUGGGAUCCAAGACAAGCUAAACUCCCAGUAGCAACUAUGGAACCUGUUUCAUCUGAUGGUAGAGAAAACUCAGUUACUGAAAAUAGACGGGAUUGCUGGACUGUUGCAUUUGGCCACGCAUAUAAUAAGCACGAUAGAUGCCUUACUGCAGGUUAUGAUAAUGGUGAUAUAAAGUUAUUUGAUUUACGAGCCAUGAAGGUCCGUUGGGAGACGAACAUAAAGAACGGUGUCUGUUGUCUACAGUUUGAUAGGAAAGAUAUAUCUAUGAAUAAACUGGUCGCGACUACAUUAGAAGGAAAAAUACAUGUAUGGGAUAUGCGAACACAACAUCCGAAGAAAGGGUUUGCAUCAUUAGUCGAAAAAAAUCAAGGAGCUACUAUUUGGCAGGUAAGCCAUCUACCGCAGCAACGUGAUAUAUUUAUGACUGCUGGUGGGAAUGGAUCCUUAUGCUUAUGGCAGUACCAUUAUCCCAGCAAACGUCAGAAGAUAGUGAAGGAAGCAGAUCCAGCGGGGAAUGGCGACAUCGAAGUCUCACAAGGUGUAAUCGGUCACUUAACUCAGCUUCAGAAUGUCACCUUGUCCACUCAACCAAUAUGCAGCAUAGAUUGGUGCCCAGACAAACUAGGAUUGGCAGUUUGUGUUGCAUUCGACCAAGCAAUCAGGAUCCUAAUUGUUACAAAACUAAAUAAACUCUAGAUAAACUGUUCUAAAGUUAUAACGUAAGCUGUAAAAUAGCAUGUAUAUAUUGAGGUUAUAUUAUCGUAGUUUGAAAAAUACUCC